GCAGCUGAACUGAACAAGACUUGGGAUCGCACAGGAUUGAGGAUGUCAACCGCCUCUAAUCAGAUCUGAAUCAAGCACUUCAGUGAUCUCCUACAGCCUAGGACACCCCACUCAUCUCAGGGUUCUUUCCUCACCCAAGGGGGAGAAUGGAUUGCCAGGUGGAUAACUACAUAGGCAAAGGCAAACCCUUGAUUAUGAAGAAGAGAGCAGCCCUACUGAGGAAGGGCUGCAGUUUUGAGAUUCAAAGAGCUACUGCCCUCCCCAACAGCUCCGUCUCUGAAGACCUGGGCUGCCGACGGGGCGAAUUCAGUAGAAAACACUACGGCUCGGUGGAGCUGCUGAUUUCCAGUGAUGCGGAUGGAGCCAUCCAGAGAGCGGGGCGAUUCCGGGUGGAGAACGGAUCAUCAGACGAGAAUACAGAGUACACACCGGGUAUAUGGAGGAGAACGGACGUACAUCUGGAAAACCCAGAGUAUCACACACGGUGGUACUUCAAAUAUUUCCUCGGGAAAGUUCACCAGAACUACAUAGGAACUGAUGCAGAACGGAACCCAUUUUUCCUAUCUGUGGUCCUCUCCGACCAAAACAACCAGCGCAUACCGCAGUACCGUGCAAUCUUAUGGCGGAAAACAGGUACACAGAAAAUCUGCCUUCCAUAUAGCCCAACAAAAACAUUGUCGGUGAAAUCUAUAUUAAGUGCCAUGAACCUGGACAGGUUUGAGAAGAGUCCUCGUGAGAUUCUUAAUCCAGAGAUUCAGAAGGAUCUUCUGGUUCUAGAAGAGCAGGAGGGCUCUGUGAAUUUUAAGUUUGGAGUUCUUUAUGCCAAAGAUGGACAGUUGACAGAUGAUGAAAUGUUUAGUAAUGAAGCUGGAAGUGAAAGUUUCCAGAAGUUAUUAAAUUUGCUAGGAGACACCAUCACGCUAAAGAGCUGGAUCGGCUACAGGGGGGGACUGGACACCAAAAAUGAUACAACAGGAACGCAUUCCAUCUAUACUGUUUACCAAGGACAUGAAAUCAUGUUUCACGUUUCCACAAUGUUACCAUACUCAAAAGAGAACAAACAGCAGGUAGAAAGAAAACGACACAUCGGUAAUGACAUCGUCACCAUCGUCUUUCAGGAAGGCGAAGAGUCUUCUCCAUCAUUUAAACCCUCUAUGAUUCGCUCUCACUUCACUCAUAUUUUUGCCUUAGUGAGAUACAACAAACAGAAUGACAGUUACAGAUUAAAGAUAUUUUCAGAAGAAAGUGUACCACUAUUUGGGCCUCCACUUCCCUCCCCGCCUGUCUUCACUGACCACCAAGAAUUCAGGGAUUUUCUUCUAGUAAAAUUAAUAAAUGGUGAGAAGGCAACUCUGGAAACACCUACCUUCGCUCAGAAACGACAGAGGACGUUGGACAUGCUGAUUCGGUCACUGUAUCAGGACCUUAUGCCAGAUUUACACAAGAACAUGCUAAACAGAAGGUCCUUCAGUGACGUUUUGCCGGAAUCUCCAAAAUCUGCCAGGAAAAAGGAAGAGGCACGCCAGGCAGAGUUUGUUAGGAUUGGCCAGGCGCUGAAGCUGAAGACCAUUGUUAGGGGAGAUGCUCCAACCAGUCUGGCUACCACAGGGCUAUACAGGAGGGAGCCCUGGGAGUCUCAGUGUUACUGCAACAACUUCAGCCAUGAAGCCAUCAUUGGUGAUUCCUGGGGCCCGUCGCUCUUCUUGUCCACAGAUGCUGGAGUGUUGCUAAUAGAUGAUGGUCAGCCAGAAAUUGCUGUGUUCGAUAAAACACUGCAAAUAAAACAGAUGCAUGUUCUGGAAAUGCUUGAUCUCCUCCUUACUCGAGUGGAUAAAGGAAAGGAUGCACGUCUCUACGUGUUCCGUCUCAGCGCCAUCAGGAAAGGACUGGAAGACAAACAAAUUCCCAGGACUAAGUAUGAAUGCCGGGAAAACAAACUAGAGAAAACAAGAGGAUGUCAUUUGUAUGCCAUCAACACACAUCACAGCCAGGAGCUUCGAAUUGUAGCCGCCAUCAGGAACAAACUGCUACUCAUUACCCGGAGACACAAUCCGUACAGCAGCAGUGGAGGAUAUUCACCAGUGGAGGAAUUCCAGUACAUUCGGGAGAUCUGCCUGUCUGACCCUCCCAUGGUGAUGACUUUAGUUGAUGGUCCAACUGGUGAUAAUGACAACAUGAUCUGUGUGGCGUACCGACACCAGUUUGAUCUGGUAAACGAAAGUACGGGAGAAUCGUGCCGACUGCAUCAUGUUGAUGCGAGUAGGGUUCAUUUUGUUGCAGCAAUUGAUGUUUAUGAAGAUGGAGAAGCUGGAUUACUGCUGUGCUACAACUACAUGUGUUGCUACAAGAAAGUCACUCCGUUCAAUGGAGGAACUCCGCUCAUUCAGCCAUCUGUAUCUGAUUUCCUUUUCAGCUGGAAUCAGGUUCCCAACGCUGUCGUAUGUGCUUUCCCCUACAUCCUGGCCUUCACCACUGACUCCAUAGAGAUCCGGCUCGUUGUGAAUGGCAACUUGGUGCACACGGCAGUGGUUCCAGAGCUGCAGCUGGUGUCGUCCCGGUCUGAUAUCUAUUUUAAGGCCUCGGCAGCAGCGAGCACCUCAUCGAAUAGUAGCUCGAAGGACACAAGUUCCCACAGUUCGCCACAGACGCCGACCGGCUAUGACCUGCCAGUUUUCCCUUCUUCACCAGCAGAAGGGGACAUCCCGUACAGAAACAUCUACAAAAUCCCACUCAGUAAUUUAGUCGGACGAAGCAUUGAGCGACCCCUGAAGUCCCCAAUGGUCCCUAAGGUCAUCACGACCCCAACAUCCAGUGGCAUCGCCUGCAUACCUGUCACCCACUCCCUGUCACUCUCUCGCAUGGAAAUAAAGGAGAUUGCCUGCCGGACAAGGAAGGAAUUACUGGGUCUUACUGGGGACACAAAGUCUGAAGGGUCACAGCGUCAGAAGAAGUUUGCAAGAAAAGCAGUGGAAGAAGAUACUAAAGAAGAAGAAGAAGCUGUACGGUCAGCCAGCAUCGAAAGGAUUAAUUCAGGCUCAUUUGAAAGCAACUCGGAAAGUCAGCGCCAUUGUUCCACUAGUUCUGACCCAGAAUCCAACAUCAGUGUGGAGGAGAGCCCCCUCUUUAGUGGUAAUCCCUUCCACAUGGCAGAAUCCUUUGAUGAAGACAUUGUCGAUUUAAAGUGACGACAAUCGUUGUUACCCUGCACCUUAUCCACCCUCUUCCCUUACACGUCACUGGAAUGUCACAAAACAGCUGUGUGCAGUGGGGUGCCUGAGGCAAGGACAUGAGAGUCUGUGCACGAGAACUACUGGACAAUCGGCCAUAAACACUAUCGCAUCAUUUUCUGCUAUCCUUUGCUGCAGAAUACAUUUGUUAUUUGAGUUUUAUGGACUGCCAUUGCUGACAGACAAAUCAACUGAAUCAUCUGAUCUAUAACCAUCCCUUAUGCAACAUGAUAAAGCCUCUCUCUCUGUAGGGAAUAUUAUGCUGGGUGGCAAGUCACCUCUGAUUGCAAUGUGACCCUGUGAAUGGACAACUCAACACUUGAAGUUAUUGAACAUCAGUAGGUUAUGGGGAUGCAGGAGAUUUCUAGAUGGCUGUUUCCUGUUAUUUAGACUCUAAUCAGAAAUUGUACCUCAGUAAACUGACACUGGAAAUCAAUCUGGACCUAGUCCAUAAUCUGUCUUUAAACACGGGAACCAUAUAUGAAGAUCUCACUCGUACAGCUUGAUGGCUAUUCUGGCAGUUCCACAGCUGUCACUUCUAUUCUCUGUGUGGUGAUUAGCUGAGACAUGGCAUACAAUUGAAACCUGUUGGAAACAGCUUCCACAAACCAAUUAAAGCUGAACUCCAG